AUGUCUAGCAUUGCAUGCGCAUCCUGCAAUCCGAUGCCGGAUGUUGGUGUUCAGCUCCGCGAGAUCCUUCGGGAUCCAUCGCAUUCUCGUAACCCCCCUGUUGUCUGGGGACGCGCAGCCGGACGCGCCACUCUGCACGAAUGGGCGUUGAUAUUCUACGGCACCGCGACGCUGCCCGACCGGACCGAGUACGCCCUUUACAAUCCGGCCGGCAUGAGUAUACCGAGACGGCCGUUCGUCAAGCCGCGCGAGACCAUCCCGAAGAAUCAGAACACCGUGGCGAAGGGCAAGCAGGCGCAGCACAAGCCCGACAAGUCCGGCAGCCUGAGCCCGCCCUACGUGAUGAACGCGCAGAUACAGUCGCAGAGGAAGGGCAAGGCUCGCGGCCAGCAUAAGAACGGCAAGUCGGCCGGCCGGCCGAAUCCCAAGCCCACCGUUCAGACCCUCCGCGGUCUCACCGGGAUCAAUAGGGGGCCCAACAACGUGGCCGGUGACGUGCGUUUGAUCACGUCGAGGCCGCGCGGUAGGAGCACACCCAGCCCGGUUACCAGCACCGUGACCGUCGCGACGACAAAGGCGCAGAGCAGCACGGCGACAAGUAAACAGAUUAUUACACAGAAGAUCAUCGACGUGGUUACCGCCUUGCCCAUUCAGAGGGGACUGAUCCUGUUGGAGCCACCGGCAAAGGCGGCCACUAACAAGGUCCCGGCGGUAUUUCAACAAUAUCCCAAGAUACAACAGCUCUAUCCGGUUUACGGUGGGGCCCGCGGCGUCGGUCAGCACGCUACUAGGGCCAAAGGACUUGACCUGCUGCAGGACGAACAAUUUGAUCCAAGGAACUUGCAACUGGACAAGGACACGCUGGAGGAGUGGAAGCUUGUAUUCUUCGGCACGGAUACCUCGGUGGAGGUGGACGACGAGCUGGACAAGGACAAGCCGUUGCCGCCAGUGGUGCCGGAGGAGGUGAACAACCACGGGCCUACGGACGUCCGGCACAACGCAGUGGACACCGAGGGCGAUCCGUGGACGGGUAGCCGAAAGAUGGACCGGGUGUCACACCCGGAGGUGCAGAGGCCAACGACGGAGAACCAGACGAGCGGCUGUGCCGCCUUCGAAGCCGGAGGCAGCGGGUGCCUAGUGUGCAAACCGGGUUGGCACCACAGCAACGGCGACUGCUUGCGAGAAUGUCCGUCUGGAACUUACACGGUCCGAGACGAUGAUGAUUCCAGUGCUUUCUGCGCCGUAUGCCAUUACUCGUGUCUAUCAUGCAAAGGACCUAGCGACGCGGACUGCAUCACCUGUCACGCGGAUUCGAUAUUCGUGUGGAGCAACGGAAGAUCACUAUGCGUGCUCAGCAGCAUUUCCUGGAAAAUACAAUCCACAGUGUGGCUCCACAGGCUGACCGUGGUGUUCUUGGUCAAUCUGGGCGUGGCGGCCGCUAUCAUCAUUUACUUUGCAGUCACCUGGUACAUCCGUAAACGCAAAUCCGUCCACAAAUACAGCAAAGUAACUUAUUCCGGCAACGGCGAAGUUCAUGCGCAUACGGAAGUGGAAAACACUUGUGUCUCUGAUAGCGAAUGAGUCUAUCAUUGACGAGACAGAAUAUCUUCUUCAAAGAAAACUACGAUGUUUUCGUGAGCAUUUUGAAAAUUCUAAUAUUUCAUAUAUUUCGAAUAUGUUCUGCUAUCCUAUAUUGGAUAUUAUAAUUGAUUUUGAUAAUUUGGGAUUAUAUUUUUAUGAAGAAAAAAAUUUAUAUAUGUAUAUAUAAUAUUGUUACUUUCAUAGAAAAUAUUUCCGAAAUAAUUUCAUCGCAAAGAGAGACGGAGAGAAUAGCUCGAGAGAAUAUUGUAGUAAUAUUUUGAAUAAUCAUAUCGUGAGAAUAUUUUUUAUUAAACGACUUUUGUUUUAAUAGUUUC